UGGACUGUUGGGCACUUGUCUUCACCCAGGGUCUGGCAAGCCUCAUAGUGUGGUACCAGGCACUGGUCUGCCAUCACUGGACACUAAGGGUGACACAUAGGUAACUGGUCACCAGGCAAAGGACACAGGGAUCAGUAAUUAGACACCCGAGGAGGAGCUUGUCCUGGCAUUUAGGGGGGCCUCGCACAGAGUUUGGCCUCCCAGAGCGCCGCGGACAGUCGCUUGGAGACCACAGCCUGACGGUCACCUCGGAGGUCUAAGCGUGGCCGCCAGGCGACUCUACGAGCUGUGCCUGCCCCGCGGCCGUCCUCUCCUGGGACCCUGGCCGCCUCUCGACCCCUGCUGAAGCUACGGCUGCUCAGGGUCAGUACCUCCUCGACGGUUGCUUUCGGGGAGCGGAGCGAGGGGCCGGACCUGUGGACCUGGCGCUGACCCCAGAGACCGGCCGGGCGGCGAGGGCAGGCGGGUGGAAAGGGUGCCUGACCGUGGCUCUGUGCCUCACUCCCCAAAGCUGGAACUACAAGCCCCAGAAGGCUUUGCGCCAGGGGGCCUUGGCCCCUGACCUCAGGGACGGAAAUUAUUGUUGCCCGGCAACAGCAAGCCCGUCGGGUCGCAGCAGUCGGCGGCAAAACUGCUCCGGUGAGCUCCUUGUCAGAGUGUUGCGGGGAAGGGGUCGCGAACGAAGCAGGGAAGUGGGUUAGGAGCUGAGGCGGCGAGCGCUUUGCGGGGGUGACGAAGGCGGCAUGUGCGAGGGCCCGUCCCGUAUCUCGGGGCCAAUCCCCCCAGACCCUACACUCUUUCCUGACUACUACCGGCGGCCGGCCUCGGCCCAAGGACGCCUUGAGGGAAACGCGCUGAAGCUGGACCUGGUCACUUCGGACCUCGACUUGGACGCCACCCCUCCGCGCGGUCCUGGAGCCAGACAGAUCCUGGACCGUGGCAGGCAUGGCGUCGGAGGAGUGCUGCUGCAAUUUGGGGGCAUCUCCCUAAGCCCAGAGGCCUCUUCCAAGAGGAAGGACCCUAAAGACUAUGAGAAGGAGAACCUGAAGCGGAUCAGAGAGAUCCAGAAGCGCUUCCGUGAGCAGGAGCGCAGCCGGGAGCAGGGCCAGCCCAGGCCCCUGAAGGCUCUGUGGCGUUCACCCAAAUAUGACAAGGUGGAGUCCCGGGUCAAGGCCCAGCUGCAGGAGCCCAGCCCAGCCUCUGGAACAGAGCCCACCCACUUCCUUCGGGCACACUCCCGCUGUGGCCCUGGGAUCCCACCACCCCGUGCCCCCAGUCCUCAGCUAAACCCACCAGGCCCCAAUGCUAAGGGGCCAGGCCUGGAUGUGGACUUCAUUAGCCACAAUGCCCGCACUGCCAAGAGGGCCCCCCGGCGGCAUUCCCGCUCCCUGCAGGUCCUGGCACAAGUGCUGGAGCAGCAACGGCAAGCCCAAGAGCACUACAACACCACGCAGAAGGGCCACGUACCCCAUUACUUGUUGCAACGCAGGGAUCUGUGGCGGCGGGAGGCUGAGGCCCGCCAGCAUAGCCAGCCGGACCCUGCCAUGCCCCCUGGUCACACUUGCAUGCCUGAGAACCAGCGGCUGGAGACACUGAGCAAUCUGCUCCAGAGCCAGAGCCAGUUGCUACGUGAGCUGGUGCUGCUGCCUGCUGGGGCAGACUCACUGAGGGCCCAGGGCCACCAUGCUGAGCUGGACCAGAAGCUGGUGCAGGUAGAGGAGGCCAUCAAGAUCUUUUCCCGCCCCAAGGUCUUUGUGAAGAUGGAUGUCUGAGCCCUUUU